GGGGAAGUCCAGAAACUCCGGGGCCGUUAUCUGUCCGCGCGAAACCCUGCCCCACCGUUCUUCCACUCCCUCGACCCCCCCUCCUCCUCCUCUCUCUCUCUCUCUCUCUCUCUCUCUCUCCUGUUGGUUUUGUGUGAGACAGAGUAAAGAGCUGAAUUUUGGGAUGGCGUCAAUUUCCGCCGCCGGAUCUUUGUCCGUCGGGAAAGUUAACUACUGCGCCAACGUACGUCCCAAGCCGUCUAGAUGUUUUUCUGAACCUGCAAUGAGAAGAAUAUUUGGUCGUUCUUCCAAUGCAUCAUCGUCCUCGAGAAUUUGCGAUGCAAAUGUCUCGUCCUCCUCAUUGGCAGGUUGCAGAGCGGUUCUUGAUCGAAGAGAGGUUGUUCUGGUGUUAUCAUCGGUUGGGUUGUUAGCACCAGUGCUCUGGAACUCUUGGUCGAAGGAGGGUGUAGCUGCGGCCUCUGAAUUUACUGAUAUGCCAGCAAUUAGGGGGAAGGAUUAUGGCAAGACAAAGAUGCGGUACCCAGAUUACACCGAAACAGAAUCAGGUCUCCAAUAUAAGGACUUGCGAGUAGGAAGUGGCCCCACACCAAAGGUUGGAGAGACAGUAGUGGUUGACUGGGAUGGCUACACCAUAGGAUACUAUGGCCGUAUAUUUGAAGCUCGAAACAAGACUAAGGGUGGUUCCUUUGAGGGGGAAGACAAGGAGUUUUACAAAUUUCGAGUAGGAUCUCAACAGGUAAUACCGGCUUUUGAGGAAGCUAUCGCAGGCAUGGCUUUGGGUGGUAUUAGAAGGAUCGUAGUGCCUCCAGAAUUGGGGUAUCCUGAUAAUGACUACAACAAGAGUGGGCCAAGACCAACAACAUUUUCAGGACAAAGGGCCUUGGAUUUUGUGUUGCGAAACCAAGGAUUGAUAGACAAAACUCUUCUGUUUGACAUUGAGCUCCUGAAGAUCAUACCAAACUAAUUACCUGUCAUUUCAUCUUGCAUUAGAGGGCAUCACCUUCUUUUUUGAGGGACUUCGAGUCAGUGACUAUGAAAAUCUUGCCGGACCGAAAGAAGCUUUAGGUUUGCUUUCAAUUUCUCUCGUUUUGUUUCGUUCAGGAGCGGGAAAUAUCAAGGGAGCUUUACCAUCUUUGUUAAUCUUAAUGUGUACAUGUGAUUAAGUUUCUCUCUCCUUAACACACACAUAUGUCUAACAGUAUCGUCAUAUGUACAAUUGUAUCUACAGAUCAACAGAUGGAUGUACUGAUGUUCAUUUGGAAUAGAGAUAUAUAAAGACUGGUAUGUAGUGCCUCAAUGUAGCCUGAGCACUCUCUUCACUGGGUGUCCCACUUUUAAGUUUUUUACCGAUAAAGAAAAAGCCCGGUAAUCGUCUGUCUGCUCAAUCCUAGUACCUACACAAUUGUCAAUAAAACUUAACACUACGAGUGAUACAAGACUCCGAAAACUCACCGGGCAUCUUCUAAUGUCUUUUAUAUUGGUCAAGUUGUAAUGCCCAGGUGGCAGAAUCUCAUUGGGCUCUUUUAUUUUGUACGUUUAAACUCUACUCUAUCUUCUGCAACUUCAUUUUUGAGCUGAAUGGCAAAGAACUCUUGUUUCUGAA